CCCCUAUGACCCAUUAAGAGUAAACAGAUAGUUGAGCUGUCAAAAUUAACUUUCCAGAAUUUUUGCUUCGAAGCCAGAAAUAUUGCUUCGAACCAUUUUCGGAAAACAAAAGUCCGAGAUUGAUUCGAACCAAAAUAAAUUGGUUCGAACCCAGAACUCUGAACAAGGAAGAACAUGAAUUAAUUCUAAUCGUGGGGAAAGAUUAGAAACCUUGGAUUAAUUUUCCUGCACACUUAGCACAAAAAUAGAUUAAACUCUUUUGAAUCAUGGCCUGGGUUCCUUCAAACCCACCCAGGCGUUGGGUUCGCAAAGAACCGAACCCAGCACGCUUGCCUAGGUUGGGUUCCAAGGAACCCAUGUGUUGGGUUCCCUUGAACCCAUGCCUGGGUUCCAAGGAACCCAUGUGUUGGGUUCCCUCAAACCCACGCCUGGGCUCUUCAAACCCAACUGGAACCCAGCAGCGAACCAGCUGGGUUCCAUGGAACCCAACCUCAGGUUUGACGGAACCCAGGCGUUGGGUUCGAAGGAACCCAGGCAUUGGGUUCGAAGGAACCCAGGCAUUGGGUUCGAAGGAACCCAGGCAUUGGGUUCGAAGGAACCCAGGCAUUGGGUUCGAAGGAACCCAAGCGUUGGGUUCCCUCGAACCCACUCCUGAUUAUGCUCUUCUUCUUCUUCUCCCCGUUGCAGCCACCCGAAAGAAGAAAAAAAAAGGGAACCCGACACCAGCCUUUGAGAAACCGAAUCCGGAUCUGCUCUGCUCUGCUCUGUCCGGUUGCUACUCUUGCCGGUUAUGGGUGCAAAUUCCUUUGAAUUUUCGACCCGUGAGCUUCCCUGCACUUCCAGCCGGCCUUCCCUUAGCUGCAAUCCGAAGCGAAAUCGAGGACGGAAAAACCACGGGAAGUGACGAGUUAGAAGGCUAGCCAUCUUGUAAAGUGAACAUAGAUUUUGGAUAUAAGUUAUGAUCUUGUAAGCUAGAGUGUAUUUGGAGAUUUUAUGAUAUCAGAGCAGAUUUAUAAUAUUAUCUUCAGAUUUUGUGGUAUCAGAUUAUAAUAUGAUAAGUUCCGAGCCUUGUGUAUUUAUGGGACCCUCUCACGAGUGCACGGCGUCUGUCGCGCCUCAAAUUUGGGUU